AUUUUUUUAAAUUCAAAAAUCAAGAGUGUGAAAUUUAUUUGUUUUUAAUUCAACAUACAUUUGGCUCAUUUAAAAUUAUUGAAUAAUUCAUUAAUUACAGUAAAACUUCCAUCGAAAAUAGUCUAAAUUUAGUAAUCAAGAUGUCAGCUACUCAUCAAAGUCGUCGAUUGGUUUUGUCACUGUACAAAGAUCUACUGAGAGAAGGUUCAAAAUUUUCCGCAUACAAUUUCAGAAUGUACGCACUGCGAAGGACGAGAGAUGCUUUUAAAGAGAACAAGUCAAUAACAGAUGGAACCUUACUCCAAAAAAGCAUACUUGAGGCUAAAGAGAAUUUAGAAAUAAUCAGACGACAAGUCAUUAUUGGUCAUCUAUAUCAGGCAGAUAAAUUAAUUAUUGAAAAAUAGUUGAAUAAAAUGUAUUUAACAUUAAUUAAUAAAUUGUUCAAACAAAAAUGUGUUAGAAUAGUUUCAAAAAAAUACAAAUAAAGCAUUUUAUGAUAAAGGUAACACUUUGUAUGGAUUAAGGAUAUUUUCAGGAUCCAUUAGAUUCUUAAUUUGCUUCAUUAAUUCAAUGGCUUCUGGACUCUUUGAAUAGUGUAAGUAUUUUGGUUUAUGAAAUCCGAUUCCGUGCUCUGCAGAAAUACUUCCUUUAAGCUUGCUAGUAUAUUCAAAAACGAAUGGCUCAACAAGCUUGUAAAUCUCUUGAGAGAAUUUCUCGCAAACAAUAUUCAAGUGCAUGUUGCUGUCACC